GCGCCCCGCGCCCCGCGCCCCGCGCCCCGCGCCGCAGCCAUGCCGGCCGGCCGUGCCGCGCGCACCUGUGCGCUGCUCGCCCUCUGCCUCCUGGGCAGCGCGGCCCAGGAUUUCGGGCCGACGCGCUUCAUCUGCACCUCGGUGCCCGUGGACGCCGACAUGUGCUCCGCGUCCGUGGCCGCCGGCGGCGCCGACGAGCUCCGGACCAACGUGCUGCAGCUCCGCGAGACCGUGCUGCAGCAGAAGGAGACCAUCCUGAGCCAGAAGGAGACCAUCCGCGAGCUGACCACCAAGCUGGGCCGCUGCGAGAGCCAGAGCACGCUGGACACGGGCGCCGGCCGCAAGCCCGCGGCCUCGGGCAAGAACACCAUGGGCGACCUGUCCCGGACGCCGGCCGCCGAGACGCUCAGCCAACUCGGGCAAACUUUGCAGUCGCUCAAAACCCGCCUGGAGAACCUGGAGCAGUACAGCCGGCUCAAUUCCUCCAGCCAGACCAACAGCCUCAAGGAUCUGCUGCAGAGCAAGAUCGAUGACCUGGAGAGGCAGGUGCUCUCCCGGGUGAACAGCCUGGAGGAGGGCAAGGGGGGCGCCAGGAACGACACGGAGGAGAGGGUCAAGAUCGAGAGCGCGCUGACCUCGCUCCACCAGCGCAUCAGCGAGCUGGAGAAAGGUCAGAAGGACACGCGGCCCGGGGACCGGUUCCAGCUCACCUUCCCGCUGCGCACCAACUACAUGUACGCCAAGGUGCGGAAGAGCCUGCCCGAGAUGUACGCCUUCAGCGUCUGCAUGUGGCUGCGCUCCAGCGCGGCCCCGGGCGUGGGCACCCCCUUCUCCUACGCCGUGCCCGGCCAGGCCAACGAGCUGGUGCUCAUCGAGUGGGGCAACAACCCCAUGGAGAUCCUCAUCAACGACAAGGUGGCCAAGCUGCCCUUCGUGAUCAAUGACGGCAAGUGGCACCACAUCUGCGUGAGCUGGACCACGCGGGACGGGGUGUGGGAGGCCUACCAGGACGGCACGCAGGGCGGCAGCGGCGAGAACCUGGCCCCCUACCACCCCAUCAAGCCCCAGGGCGUGCUGGUGCUGGGCCAGGAGCAGGACACGCUGGGCGGUGGGUUUGAUGCCACCCAGGCGUUUGUGGGCGAGCUGGCCCACUUCAACAUCUGGGACCGCAAGCUGAGCCCCGGGGAGGUGUACAACCUGGCCACCUGCAGCACCAAGGCCCCGCCCGGCAACGUCAUCGCCUGGGCCGAGAGCCAGAUCGAGAUCUACGGCGGGGCCACCAAGUGGACAUUCGAGGCCUGUCGCCAGGUCAACUGAGCCCGGCUAGCCCCCACCCAGCCCUGCUUGUGCGGUGAUGACCAUCCGUCCAGUUUCUUGUCCCCCGCCUGGCGUCCCCCUGCACGCUAGGCAGGCCUGCCUCCCGCCUGCCCUCGGCCCCGCCUCAGGCAUGUGUGAUCCCGGCUAACGCCAGCAGCUGCGACUGGGAGCCCUGGGAAGCGGGUGAGAAGGUGCAAGUGCGUGUGUGCACGUGUGUCUGUGUGCGUGCUUACGUGUGUUUGCGUGCAUGUGCAUUUGCAUGUGUGCACAUGUGUGUGCUUGUGUGCAUGCGUGUGUAUUUGUGCGUGUGCAAGUCCGCAUGUGAGCAGCAGUUGGGGGGAGGGUUCUCCUCUGGAGCGAGGCAUUUCCUUCCGUCCUCCUGGGGGCCUUGGGGAGACCCUCUUCAAAGCACCCGCUCUGAAGACCGGCGUCCAGACCCCGGCCUCAGGGUGCCGCAGAGCCCACCCAGGACCCUGCUGGCGCCCAGCCUCCCACUGCCCGACCCGCCAAGACGGGGCUGUGUCCCUCCCUCCUGGCUGCUGCCCACAGCUCUGCUUCCGUGGCCAUGAGGAACCAGAGGGACUGUGUGGACGGAGCCCCUGGGCCUGGGCCUGAUGGUCAUUCCUCACGGCUUUGGGGGUCAGGUGGGCACAGGCAGAGCAGCGGCCUGGAGACAUGGUGUCCAGAGCCCAGAUCCCGUCCCAGCGUACAGCUGUGCCCAUCCCGCCAGCCCAGGAGAAGGACAGUAAGCGUGUGUGUAUGAGUGUGUGUGCAUGCAUGUGUGUGCGUGCCUGUCCGUGUGAAUGUGUGUGCACGUGUCUAUUCGUGUGUGCAUGCAUAUGUGUGUGUUCGUGUGUGUGCCUACGAUUGUGUGCGUGCAUGUGUGUGUGUUCGUGUGUGCCUACGAUUGCAUGUGCAUGUGUGUGUAUGCGCGUGCAUGUGUGUCUACAUGUGUGCGUGCGUGUGUGCGUGCAUGUGCAUGUGUGUGCGUGUGUGCGUGUCUGCAUGUGUGUGCGUGCGUGUGCUGCUGCCUGCUUGGUUGCACCACCCAGGGGUCGUUGCAGGCUUCUAGGGCACUCUGGCCCGUCACCAGGAGCCUCGUUAGCAGAGAGGCUGGCGCGUCUCUGGCACCCGCAGGUGCUGCGCCGUCUGGGGGCACCUGUCUCCAUGUUGCCGGAAGCUCGUGCAUCUGUGAUCUGUGGUCUGUGCGUCUGUCUGUGCUGGUGUCCCCGCGGGUGUCUGCGCGGGCCCCACCCGGCCCCCGGUUCUCUCCCAGACCGCCAUGCUCUGCCGGAGCCUUCGGGCCGGCAGGGACCCCCUUGUUUGCAUGUCCCCGGGAUGGCCGUCCCCGGUCACUGUGCCCCACCUGCAUGGACCCCUCCGGUUCUGUGUUGUGUGCCGAGUACCCCUCGUUCCUGCCCCUCCGUGUCGCAGUGACGGCGGUCGCCCGGGCCCGUCCCUGCCCACUGCCCACUGCCCACUACCCACUGCCCGACACGCCGCGACAUCACUUUCAGUGUGGAGGUUGCGAAGGAGCCGAAACAGCCCCGCGACGGGCGAGAGUUUGCCCCCUUCAGCCAUGUCCGAGGGAGCUGCCGCGGGAGGGCGCCCCCGCUCGGUGCUCUCCCGGAAGCCCCCCGCGCCGGCGGACCCCCGUCCGCCCGGGACCACAAGCCAUUCUCUGCCCGACCCAGGGCGGCAGAGCACCCGAUACCCACCUCCCCCAGCCUCUCCGGCCGCGCCCAGGGUGCGGGGCAGCAGCGCCCGGCCCCUGACACCCUCACUGUGUAACACUUGGCACUCGCCGGCCCAGGCACGGCCGAUGCCACAGCCACAAAUCUAAUCUCCGUCGUGGCCGCGGCCCUUCCUCUGGCUGGGCCCGGCCCGCUUAGCCCGCCCUUUCUCAGGUAAAGCCAUUCCUCACAGGCGGCCCCGCCGCCGCCCCGUGCCCACCGCGGGGCCAGUCCCUGGAAUCGAAGCCUUCCUGCUUUUGAUAAUACAGUAUUAUUUCUCUUACUGUAGAAGAAAAAAGUUUAUUACCAAACAAGAGUAUUUUUAUGAGAGAAAAGGACAAACCUACAAAUUAAUUCCGCCUCUACCCCCGCCCCAGACACUUUCAGCCCCGCCAAAACACAGGCCUGAGCGUGGGUUCGAGGAGAGGAGCGUUUUGUACGCCGAUCCUUCCUUUUCUACACCCCCACUUAGUUUUCUAAGACUGCGAAGGUCGCGCGUCACCAGCCCCGGUCAGAUAGGCCACCCGCGGGGGGCGAGGCUGGUGUGAGGGUCUCGCGGCUCCUCUGGGCGGGGAGCAGGAGGGCGCGGCCGAGCCCUGGGGCGCACAGCCCGACACUCACGUCCCAAUCUGUCUCACUUGCCAAAACCCACGUCCCUCGCGGUCGCCGCGGCCGGGGGUGUCCCGUGUACAUACUGUACCAUAGAGAGAAUCGGUGUAUCUUACUUUUUCAUGAUCCGCUGACCAAAGCUGUACAUUUUUCAUAUGACCUGCCACCUGCCGGCUGCCCGGUGGGUCAGCACCGCCGGACCCGCCGCUGGGCAGCAGCGACACCGGAGACGCCCCACGGGACUGGCUUUCUUCUUUCUCCUCAUUUUCUUGCUGAAACGACAUGAAUUGUUGAGUUUAUUUUUACACAGUAAAGAGUGAAGAAAGACGUG